AUGACUAUGCCUGCUCACUGGCCCGCUAUCCUCUCCUGUGCCGACAGACCUCGGUCUUGGUUUGGCCCUUGGUGGAGGGGAAAGUCGGCCUUCACCUUCUUGCAGCUACAGGAGCUGGAGCACCAAGCGCUUAUCUUCCAGCACAUGGCGGCUGGAGUGCCCGUCCCUCCAGCUCGUCCUCCCAUCUGGAAGAGCGUCGCCAGCUCCUCCCCUUCGCCUCCCAUCACUCGCUCCCUCCUGUAAGUCUUACUGGGAUCUCCUCACCGCCCUCAGUACUUUGGUUCUUUUCUUUUCUUCUAUUCUGCUCAUCAGUUCGAUCUUCCCCAGUCAUGGGCUGCGUCGGCGGCGGCGGCGGCGGCGGCGGCGGCGGCGGGCUCUGCUUCGACUACGGCAGCAGCGUGGACCCCGAGCCGGGGCGCUGCCGGAGGACCGACGGGAAGAAAUGGCGGUGCUCCAAGGCCGUCGUCCCCAACCACAAGUACUGCGAGCGGCACAUGCACCGCGGCCGCCACCGCUCGAGAAAGCCCGCGGAAGACGGCGCCGCCGCUGCUUCCCCAGCACCAACCCCACCGGUGGCGGAAGUCGUCGCCACCAGCGCCGCCACUCUCUCCAUCAGCUUCCCGAGCGAGUUCCACCUUGCCGCCGCCGGCACCAGCAUCAGCGGCGGCAGCAUUUCUCCCAGGCUAGGAUUCUCGCCCAUCAGCGUCCUCCCCGACGGCGCAGCUGAAGGCUCUCUAAUAUCGAUGAAACGGGCGUCCUCUUUAUAG